GUUGCAGUUGCGUAUGCCAGUGCGUCACAGCGCUGAACUACUGGCAGGUAGACACAUCUGGCAAGCUACUGCUGUGUCUGAAGCGUGCCGAUGUGUGCGCGUACGCUUACAGAGAGCCUGCAAGACACUGGUUGGAAGACAAAAUUUUUCUUCUCAAGAGUUGAGCUUUAGUUUGGUCACUCGCCGUUGGUUGUUCUGUGUGCUAGACGUACUCUAACGCAAACCAGUCGAGGAACACACGAACGAGAGAGACGGCAAUAUCUCCCGUCGCGCUAUCACACCGGCAACAUGGAUUGCGGACAGUGCAGAAGGCAACUGCACGCAGCAGGUGUUCUAGGCUUGUUUGUCACCCUUGCCACAGCAACCGUAGGAUUGAGCCAAAGGGUGCCAGAGCUACCAGAAGUGGAGUCCUUUGAUGAAGUAGGCACGGGAGCUCGACGGUCCGGGUCCAUUGCGACCCUUCUUCCACAAGACGCUGUUUUAUAUGAGAACUCAGAGGACGUUGCCGUUCCGAGUGAUUCAGCAUCGACCCCGUCAUACUUUCAUGUGGAAUCUCCAAGUGCUAGUGUGGAAGCCGCGACUGGCGCUGUGGGAGAGGUGGUGCCGGACUGUGAAGAACAACAGGAACAGGGUGACACGACGUUAUCCGAUCACGAUUUCCAUUCAGGUGGAACUGAACAGGAGGGUUUGCCGGAAACAGAGGUGGCGCAUCAGCAUGAGACAGAAGAACAGUACGGGACUGAAGGGAUGCCCCCCCCUGUUCUGCCACCUGCACCGGUAGUCCAUCCGCGUUUUAUUGCAGUACCAGGGCCGUCGGUGCCUGUUCCAUUUUUCAGUUUGCCAGACAUCCACCCGGAUCAGGUUGUGUAUAUUCUAAGGGUUCAGGGAUCUGGGGACUUCGACAUCAGUUUCGAAGUUGGCCGAGCUGUGAAGCAGUUGGAAGCCAUCAAGAAAGCAUACAGAGAAGCCACCGGGAAGCUAGAAGCAGACGAGCUUGAGUCAGAAAGGGGACCUGCUGUUUCACCUCGACGAAGGCUGGUUGACCUGAUCAAAGAUAACCAGCGACGACUCAGGGCGGCGCUUCAGAAGAUAAAGAUACAGAAAAAGUUGGAGGAGAUUGAUGACUUACUUCAGCUGACACGCGCACUGAAGGCCAUGGAUGCCCGUCUGAGAGCCUGCCAGGAUAUGGCACCGAUUGAGGAGGCGCUGUGUCACAAGACGAAGGCGUUUGGAGAAAUGGUGUCCCAGAAAGCCAAGGAAAUUCGGGAGAAAGCGGCGUCCUUGUCUUCAUUGUUAGGUGUCGAUGCUGUCGAAAAACAAUUGCGGCGCGUCGAACCGGAACAUGAAGAUAACACCAGAGUUGAAGCCAGGGUAGAGGAAUUGCAGAAGGCGCUGGAGAAGGCCGCGUCUGAGGCAAAGCAGCUCGUGGGGACCGCAGCAGGCGAAAUAGAGGAAGGAGUAAAAGCGGAUACUCAGGCGGUGCAAGAUAGCUCGAAAGACGUGUUGACGAAGAGUCAGCUUGCGCUCGUGGAAGCCUUUAAAGCGAUCCAGAGGGCUCUUCUUGAGGCGAAGACAAAGGAACUAGUAGAGCCUACGUCUAAAGAAGCGGAGGAAGCUCGUCAGAUCUUAGCGGAACAGGCAGCUUGAUUUCCCAAGGAUGCAGUUAAAGAUGGGGAUGCAUGAUAGGUAGCGCGCCCAUUAUCCCAAUCCUUUAGCCGUCUACCGUGACGUGGAUCAUUAUAGGGGAAACAAGCAUUAGCAGAAUGAUCGUGUAUCGCGGAACACACGCAUAUCCGCACCAGUUUUUCUAACGUAUGGUGAAUGGGUUCAAGUCUGGGUUCAAGGCGCAGUGUCUAUGCAACAGCGCCGGUUUCUGCCCUUCGUUUUUGCACAUGUGCACAGGUAUGUACAGUGUUUAUGUAUAUGGGGCAGUGUGCGCUUCGUCAAUGAUGUACAGAACGUGUGUAAUGCUCGUCUUGGCAGGGCCAGCAAGCCCGCAUAGCAUUCGUGGAUCACGUGAAGCCCGACACGGCGCCGCCCGAUUACAGCCGCAAAUGCUGUAAACCGGAAACAAUGACCCUGCAAGUCAGCCUUCAUAGACAACAGACUUGGCGACGUCAUAACUACAGCAGGGUAACGGGUACUGGAAGACUCGGUACGAAGCGGUUUCCAUGACAGAGCGACCGUACCAACGCCAACUCCCCUCCCCUCGUAGUCUUGUCGAGCGUGGCUGAUUCGGUGUGGGCGAGUGCGACCAGA